GGAAAGGUCCAGUUUACCUUUGUUUACCUUUCCCAGCCUCAGCUCAACGGACCCGCCGGAUGUACUUGUUUGGCGAGAUAUCCAGGUCCCUCAUAUGCUGGUUGUCCAUCAUGGGGCCCAUGGGAUAUGGGGUCAGGCCACCGAGUCUUUGUUGACAGGUAUUGCCCAAGGCAGUGUGGUGAUCUGGAACCUCCAGGUAUUUGGAGAGAGAGGUUCCAGAUUGCUUGUGAUUUUCUUAUUAAGCUGUUCUUGAGGGGUAUUACUGCUACCCCAUGCCGGUUUCCAUCAAAACUUCCCCGAUUGCCCCGCGGCCUCAGAAGAACUCGGUAGAAAAAUAAUCUUUUUGUCUUUCAAGAUCAAGAUUUAUCUCUCAGACCCGGGACCCUACCACGCGGAUCUGAAGCCUCCAGCCGCGAGUGUCCAGGGUGGCCAAAGAGUUGGUCCCGAUAUCCCAUCGAGCCAUCCCACCCUAAAGCGUUAGGGGACUCCAAAAAAGCAAAGCCGCCCACUUCCGCCCGCAUCUGUCCACCAGAGAACUCCAAUACUGUUUGCUCCACCGCCGCCCUCCCUAUUCUAUUGCUCGGUGCUCCAUACUCAACACUGCCAGCCCACCGCCGUCCUGUUACCCGUAGCUGCUGGUAUCUAUCCUCUCUUCUCCCAACUGCACACUCGAGUUCUUGUCUUUUCAAAAGACGUUCCCCGCCUGCGUUUUUUUGCCGUCCCGAGCCGGAGCAUCUAUCUACCUCUUCGUAUACACUUGCUUCACUAUCCACUGCGUACUUCACUACCUACCUACCAUCUACCCUUCACCACAACCACCACCCGAACUCUCAGGCAACGCAGCGCACGCACGCACUUACUACACCACCAUCAUCCGCAACGCACGCACCAAUCCCCGUCAACUACCUACCGUGACAACGACCUCUUAAGUCCUUGUUUUCCGUGCCUUUUGUGCUGCGUCUCUCCCGUCGGUCGCCCCUCUCCAUCGGCCCAGUUCUAAGCUGCGCGACUAGCUCCGCCCGGUGCCGGUGCUCUUCUCUUCCGCCAAAAUCCAUCGCACCACCAAACCCACCCAGCCUUGCUCCGUUUCCACCCACGCAUCCCCUUCUCGUUCGAUAGCCUCGCACCACCCCCGAGAACUCUGCUAACUACGACUACAUCCCAAUACUACAUUCGCAACAAUGGCGGGCAAAAUGGUACUAUACAAACUGGUGGUGCUGGGGGACGGUGGCGUGGGGAAGACCGCUCUUACUAUCCAACUCUGCUUGCAACACUUCGUCGAGACAUAUGACCCUACUAUUGAGGACUCGUACCGAAAGCAAGCCGUAAUUGACAACCAAGCCUGCAUGCUCGAGGUGUUGGACACGGCGGGGCAGGAAGAGUACACAGCGCUGCGAGACCAGUGGAUCCGAGACGGCGAGGGCUUUAUCCUAGUGUACAGCAUCUCGUCCCGCUCGUCCUUCACACGCAUCAAGAGGUUCCACCACCAGAUCCAAAGAGUAAAAGAGUCGACGGCCUCGUCGCCUUCAUACCCAGGGUCACCUAUCUCGGCGGCUAACCCCGCGGCACCCGUGCCAAUCAUGCUUGUGGGGAACAAGAGCGACCGUAUUGCGGAACGCGAGGUAUCUACACAGGAAGGGCACGCUCUGGCGCGCGAGUUGGGAUGCGAGUUUGUCGAGGCAUCGGCCAAGAACUAUAUCAACGUGGACAAGGCCUUUUACGAUGUGGUUAGAAUUCUCCGGAGACAGCGCCAGGCCGCUUCCCAGCCCCUCUCGCCAACCGGCAGCAGCAAGUACGAAUCAAGGAGGGCCGAUUCGACCAUCCAGUCCAAGGAAAGUCGAUACCGACGCACACAAAGCGAGCGCCGCAGGGGGUGUGUCAUAUUAUGAGCGGCUUCCUUCGGUCCCUCGCCUCGCCGCCACUCGGUCAUAUUCUCCUUUCUGGCAACCGACGUCUUGAAUACACAACACCCCCGUGUUCUUGGCAGCCGGGUUUGCGCGAAAUUUUGGGCUCGAUAUGCACGCUGGCCAUUUUUUUCGCAAAGCUUUUUUACGAAAACUAAUAUGCAUCUGGAUUUUAAUUUUGGCAGCUUGCGAUUCGUCGUCUUUAUCUCUUCUUUCCGAAUUCCUCGGCAUCUUGUUGCUCAAUUUUCGACAACCAUUUCCCGCAGCAAUCGAAUUCAACCAUUACCCAUUUCACCGACACGGCGAAUGGCGCAUUAAAUCAAAAGAGGGCAUCAUUGGGGCGUAAAUAUCAUUUCGUUUCUUUCGACAAAGGGGGAGAGGGGGGAGGGAGAGGUGCGGGUUCAUUCUCUUUUUUUAUCGCCAAACCAAAUCUUGAGAAGAUCUCUUUUUUCGGGCAAGCCGCCGCAGUUGCUUUAUUUUCGGAGUCAUCAAGGACGGAGCGUAUGUCUAUUCAACCCGAGGCAUUGAUGAUGAAAGGAUGAUCUGGGAGGCAUUGGAUUCUAGGCCACAGUUUGGGGGAGGGAUAGGUGGUGUAAUACCUGCAUUUUUCAGGGCCUACAGGAUCAAAUCAUUUCUUUGGCAAAAAUGGAAGGGGGAAAUGACACAAAAAUCGGGGAAGAAGAAGGGCAGGCGACUGGUUUUGCUACGAAGAAGAAAGAGAGAGAGAUGGGAGGGAAAGAAGAGCGAGGCACAUUGGGGCAACUGCAGAUGAAUGACACGACGGACAUGGAAUCACGAUGAUCUAAAAAGACGGCGAUGGCGACGGAGGUGGUGAUGCUUUUUUCUUUCUCCCUCUCCCCUUUGCCAAUUCUGGGGGCCUGCCUUGCCUUUUACCACACAUCAUCCCACCUUACUCUUUUACCUGCUAAGUAGUUGCAUAGCUCAAGAAUACCCCAAGAUAGUAGUAGCAAGGAAGCAAAAUGAAGAAGUUAAAACAAACAAUUUACAUGUGAC